UCUCCCAGCAAAUCUCGGGAGGGCUGCAUGGUGUGACAAUGCAGAGUAUCACUUCUUGUUAUUGUCAACUUCUUGUGCUUGAUUCUCUGGUUGUGAACCUGAAUUGUGAGUUCCAGGAUUCUCUGUCCCAAUGAUGAUCUAGCAGUCAUCCCCUCCUGCUGACAGUUUCCAGAUUUCUGCAUGCUGAACAAAGGUGCUGAGGAAUGGGCACUCCAGAAUUGUCUUCUAGGACAUGGGAGCUUGCAUAAAGAUGCAGCUGUGAUCCUCGGCUGUGUGUCUCAUUGAAGGGACCUAAUGUUUUACGUUAUUGGUGGAAUCACAGUAUCUGUGGUAGCUUUCUUUUUCACCAUUAAGUUCCUCUUUGAGCUUGCCGCACGUGUAGUCAGCUUCCUCCAGCAUGAGGACCGGGAGCGCCGAGGAGAGCGGACCAUUUAUGACUACGUGCGAGGCAAUUACCUGGAUCCCCGCUCUUGCAAAGUCUUCUGGGAUUGGAAGGACCCCUAUGAAGUGGGCCACAGCAUGGCCUUCCGAGUGCAAUUAUUCUAUAAGAAUGGCCAGCCCUUCCCUGCACAUCGUCCUGUGGGGCUGCGAGUUCACAUCAGCCACAUGGAGCUAGCAAUGGAUAUUCCUGUGACCCAGGAAGUGCUUCAGGAGCCCAGUUCCAAUGUGGUGAAGGUGGCGUUCACUGUGCGUAAGGCUGGGCGCUAUGAGAUCAGCAUAAAACUUGGAGGCUUGAAUGUGGCAUAUAGUCCUUACUACAAAGUCUUUCAGCCAGGGAUGGUGGUUCCCUCCAAAACCAAAAUUGUUUGCCAUUUCUCCACUCUGGUGCUGACAUGUGGACAGCCACAUACUUUGCAGAUAAUUCCCAGAGAUGAAUAUGAUAAUCCUACCAGUAACUCAGUAUCACUGAUAGAUGAGCACAAUUACAGCCUCUCAAUCCAUGAGCUUGGUCCCCAAGAAGAAGAGCCUUCUGAUGUUUUGUUUGAAAAGUCUGUGGUGUCCAAUCGACAGACUUGUCAAGUACUCCUGAAACUCACCCUACUCUGUAGGGGAUGUUUCCGUGCCUGCAUCUCCUACCAAAACCAGCCUAUUAGCAAUGGAGAGUUUGAUAUAAUUGUUCUAAGUGAGAAUGAAAAGAAUACUGUAGAGCGAAAUGUUUCUACCUCAGGGGUCAGUAGCUACUUUGAAGCCUACCUUUACAAUGCUAGUAGCUAUGCCAACACCCAGUGGCAUCUUCCACUCCUGAAUUUGGGUUCCUCUCAGCGCCGACCUUCUACUGCUACUGAAGAUGAAGAUGAAGACUCUCCUUCUGACAGCCAGACCCCUGAGAAAGUGAAGAAACCCAAAAAAGUAUAUUGUUAUGUUUCACCCAAGCAAUUCUCGGUAAAGGAGUUCUACUUGAAGAUCAUUCCUUGGCGCCUCUUUACCUUCAGAGUGUGUCCUGGCACCAAGUUUUCUUACCUUGGGCCUGACCCUGUACACAAGCUGCUGACACUGGUGGUGGAUGACGGGAUCCAGCCUCCCGUCGAGCUCAGCUGCAAGGAGAGGAACAUCUUGGCGGCCACUUUCAUUCGCUCUCUGCAUAAAAAUAUAGGAGGCUCAGAGACUUUUCAAGACAAAGUAAACUUCUUCCAGAGGGAGCUGCGUCAGGUGCACAUGAAGAAACCCCAUUCCAAAGUUACUCUGAAAGUCAGCCGCCACAGCCUUCUGGAAUCAUCUUUGAAAGCAACGCGGAAUUUCUCUCUUUCUGACUGGAGCAAAAACUUUGAAGUGAUUUUCCAAGAUGAAGAAGCCUUGGAUUGGGGAGGUCCUCGCAGAGAGUGGUUUGAAUUGAUCUGCAAAGUUUUAUUUGACACUACCAAUCAACUUUUUACCCACUUCAGUGACAACAACCAAGCACUGGUACACCCCAACCCCAAUCGGCCGUCUUAUCUGCGAUUGAAGGUGUAUGAAUUUGCAGGGCGUUUGGUUGGAAAGUGCCUGUAUGAGUCAUCUUUGGGAGGAGCUUAUAAGCAGCUGGUGAGAGCUCGUUUCACAAGAUCUUUCUUGGCUCAGAUCAUAGGAUUGAGAAUGCAUUAUAAGUAUUUUGAGACAGAUGACCCUGAGUUCUAUAAAUCCAAAGUUUGCUUCAUCCUGAAUAAUGAUGUGAGUGAGAUGGAGUUAGUCUUUGCUGAGGAAAAAUACAGCAAAUUGGGACAGCUUGAGAAGGUGGUUGAACUAGUAACUGGUGGUGCUCAAAUGCCAGUAACCAAUGAGAAUAAAAUUUUCUACCUGAAUCUGCUUGCACAGUACAGACUAGCCAAUCAGGUUAGAGAGGAAGUGGAUCACUUCUUGAAAGGUCUCAAUGAACUGGUUCCUGAAAACCUCCUAGCUAUUUUUGAUGAAAAUGAACUUGAGUUACUGAUGUGUGGUACUGGAGACAUUAGUGUCUGUGAUUUCAAAGCACAUGCUGUUGUAGUAGGCGGUUCUUGGCACUUCCGAGAGAAGGUUAUGCGGUGGUUCUGGACGGUGGUUUCCAGUUUCACACAGGAGGAACUGGCCAGGCUGCUGCAGUUCACCACUGGCUCUUCUCAGCUGCCUCCUGGAGGAUUUGCUGCACUCUGUCCAUCGUUCCAGAUCAUUGCAGCUCCAACGCACAGUACACUGCCAACAGCCCAUACUUGUUUUAACCAGCUGUGCCUCCCCACUUAUGAUUCCUAUGAAGAGGUGCACAAGAUGCUGCAGCUGGCCAUCAGCGAGGGCUGUGAGGGUUUUGGCAUGCUCUGACACCAGAGGAGUCUGUCGAGCCUCUCUAACUCAUCGGGGCAAAAGGCCCAGCUCCAAUCUCCCCACUCCCACCCUAAGGGUAAUGGAGACAUUGUGCAAACUGGAAUGUCGAUCUGCGCUGUCACCUGCUGGCCUCUCCGUGGCUGAAGGACAUUACUUGGGAGCACAUCUUGCCCCUUCCCCUUUCCAGUAUGGUACAUGAAAUGAACUAGGGCACAUCUCUUGGGGUGACAUGAUACUUGCAGUUUACAGGGCAUGAUAGGUCUGGUUUUCUAAGUGGAGGAAGCUCAUAAGCAAAAGUUACAAUUUGGUAUAGGAGAAGAUUUGUAACUUGCAAUAUUCUGGUGGUUUGGGAAUGAGUGGAGAAUGGAGCACUGAAUCCCCAGAUUAUGGGGAGCCUUAAUACCUUUCCAUGCCUUGGCCCAAGUUUCCACAUGAGUAAUCCCUCUUUAAGUUGGAUGUUAAAAGAAGGCAUGAAAUCGUUCCCCCUCCCUCAUUCCUUUGGUACCUGGUCCUGUAGGGCUUUUAAUUCUCUUAGCCACCUUGCACUAGAUGCUGCUACCACUUGUUCUUAAUAGGCAGGGAAGGCAGCAUUCAAUCACUUGAGCACAAGUGAUGGCCCUGACAGUGACAUUGUUCUACCUCCACCAGGAGCUGGCAACAGGAUGUAUUUUUGUAGUGGCAACGGCUUCCACUCGCUUUCCCACUGAACUGGAAGAGGAGUUUCUCCUCUAAUUGCUGUUUCUGGCAGUGGUCAUGAACCUGGACAGGAACUCUUUACCUUACCACCUCCUUAUUCCCCUUCCUCGGAGAGAAUGGAUAUAUACGUCUAAGGUCUUAUGCAUAUCCGAGCACUGACCUUCUUGAGUACUCUGAAAGCAGUGGCGAUAGGCCAAGAGGCAGCUAUUAUUCUGUGCAUCAAACUUACAUUUGUGUAUAAAUACAAUGGGGUGAUGCGUAUUGGAUAGAGCCCCCUAGAGCCCAGUACGUCGAUUUCUCUCCCAUUCCAUAGGGUCUGGUGUUCUGCCUCUACCACUCAGCAGCAAGAACAUUAUUUCUCUGGCUUGCUUUGGGCAGAGGGAGUUGUUAAAUAAGGCGUUGAUACCUGUGCCCUUUUCCCUUCCUGUUGUCCUGCAUUCUCCGUCCUGAGCAUUCCAUAACAUUUUUAGGGGAUUAAAUUGGAGCUGCUGAUACAGACACUGUAGGAGUGAGCCCACAAGGCAACACAUUGCACUACUCACUCUUCAGACUACAAGAGAGCAACAGUGUGAGCUGCCCUGUAUAACUGAUGAGUAGCUCCACAACUCUUAUUUCCUUGGCAAUAAAGAAGUGGGAAUUCAGAGAUUCCUGCUGGCAGUCUAGCCAAUCUUAGUCAGCAAAGCCAAAUUCUGAUUGAAUUGAGAAUUGAAUAUUUUGUGGGCAGCUGAAGUGCAUUUCUCCUGGUCAGGAGAGACAUGUUGGUGGCUGGUUACUUAGUGAGAGGGGCCUACAAUAUGACUGCCUGUAUUGGGGGAGUUUUCUCUGAUCUCAAUUGGAUAUCUCAUAAAAGCAAACUUUUACAAAAUACAAUUCACGGUUGUGCCAGCUUUUCCAGUCCAGUCUUUCUGCCCUAGAUUGGAGCUAUAGAUUUCUUGAGAUGACAAGUGGGCAUGUCUUACUAUUAUAAUUUAAGAUAAUAAAAAGAUAAUAGAUGUGCACUUUUCCAAAACAAGCAGAAUCACAUGCAAAUUAGAAAAGGUAAGAUAAUGUGCAAACCUGCUUCAGUAGAACUUAAUUUAUUUUUUGUUUACCUGAAUGCAUAUCACAUUUGUACAGAUGUUCAAGCCAUUGUUUUGCCAAAAAUGUUAGAACUCUGAGUAUUGGGACAAUUCAGGGAUCCCUUCCCUUUGGGACAUUUUUUUAGAGACCACCACUGUAUUUUCCUUCAUGGCAGAUAUUUUUUUCUCCUUCAAGCAGUUGCUCUUUUCAGCAGCAUGGACAUGCCAUCUGAUUGCACUAAGGGUGGCUUCUGUCACCAGUGCGGUUAAGGCUCCUGAUUGCCUUUCGAAACUACCCACUGUUCUCCCCAGGGACCAAAAGGAGAUAUUGCUGCACAGCUCAGCCAGUUGAUGGUUGAGGGGCUGCUGCUUGGUGCUGUUCCAGUCCUUUGUCUUGUUCCUUGGCCAACUGAAGGCUUUUCCAGCUAUGGCUCAAGGUUGGUUCUGCUACAUCUUCCUCAGGAAUCCCCUCCUCUCUUCUCUAGAGCUCAGCUGUUUUUAUACUGCGGACUGAGUGGCUGGAUAUUCAGCAGACAUUCUCUGCUUGAAACCACUCUCCUAAUAAAAUGUAUUUGGCACUUCUUGCCUCUUUGCAGAUGCCAAGGAUUUUCUUUUUACACAAGCACAGUCAGCGCAUUGGUGGAUGCUGCUAGUUCUUAGCUAACAACGCACUUGAAUGUGUGCCCCUUCUCACCCCCGUCAUUAGCAGGGUCCAUUCUUCCCAACGCUUUAUAAUUUCAGUGCAGAGGAUAUUAUUUUCCUGAAUCCUGCUUUUGUUCUUUCCUAACGUUGUAUGUUGCCCUGAUUCCCAUGUGUGGGCCAUGGUACAGGCUGUGCUCUAGGCAUCUAUAGUGUGCAUAUGUGUAUGUUCUGAAGAGGUUUCUUCCUUUUCAUUCAUCCUUGUUUGUUCCAUCCAAUGUCAUGUGCAUCAUUUUCCAGGAUACAAGGUUAAGCUCACGGUACAAUCUCGAGUAGAUCUCUAUUCUUUGGAGCUGCUCUGGAUACCACAGGACUUGGCCUGCAUCUGUGAACUAUCUUGCAUGCUUUAGAAACCAAGACCUAUUACUUUAGCUUGGCCUCUUUCCAGCUAGCCAGCUCCAAACAGAAUUCAGCAAGAAUUGAGUACGCCUGUAAUAGAUGAUUCUGUAAAUAGUUUGUACAAUAAAUAAAAUAUUUAAAAUAUAGUGUUUCUGUUAUUGUUUCCCAUACAGGGCUGUUCUUAGUAGUAUGGUUCAGUUGAUGUGGGGUUUGCUUCUUAAAUGCUUUUAAUACUGGCAACUCAACACCAAGUCUGUUAGGACACAAACUCUGGCUUCAAAUUCAUUUUGAAACGUCACUAGUAAAGUAACUGGCAGUCAUGCUUACACAUUUGAAGUCCACUCUCAAAAGAACCUUGU